AUGGUAAAUCCUAAAGAGAACUAUCAAGCAAUUUCGUUGAGGAAUGGUAAACAAGUGGAGCAGCCCAGUGUACAAAAGUCAGUGGUUCAGAAUGAAGAGUUGGGUGAGAAAUCAGAUACAAAUGUGAAAGGGGUUACUGAAGAUCACCAGGGUUCAAACAAGUGUCCUCCCUUUGUUGAUGACCAGCCAGUUCGAGUUCCAUAUUCUCAGACGCUUAGAAAAACUACACUGGAUGAACAGUUUUCUAAGUUUUUAGAGGUAUUCAAAAAGUUGCAUAUCAAUAUUCCUUUUGCUGAGGCAUUAGAGCAGAUGCCUAGCUAUGUGAAAUUUAUGAAAGAGAUUCUGUCCAAGAAAAGGAAGAUGGAAGAUUAUGAGACGGUGGCGCUCACUGAAGAGUGCAGUGCGAUAUUGCAGAGGAAGUUGCCCCAAAAGUUAAGAGAUCUGGGGAGCUUUACUAUACCGUGUACAAUCGGGAAGUUUGCAUGUAAGCAUGCUUUGUGUGAUUUGGGGGCGAGUAUAAAUCUGAUGCCUUUGUCUGUAUUCAGAAGACUUGGUUUGGGAGAGGCUAGUCCUACAAUAGUUACAUUACAGCUUGUAGAUCGUUCAGUUAAACACCCCAGAAGAAUAAUAGAGGAUGUCCUUGUUAAAGUGGACAAAUUCAUUUUUCCGGCAGAUUUCAUAGUAUUGGAUAUGGAAGAAGAUGAAAAUGUCCCAAUCAUUCUGGGAAGACCAUGUUUAGCUAUUGGACAGGCUUUAAUUGAUGUUCAGAAAGGUGAGCUGACACUUCGAGUUCAGAGCGAAGAAGUGGUAUUCAAUGUGUUUAAGGCCUUAAAGUUUGCAAAUGUAAAUGACAGCUGUUUCAAAGUUGACAUGGUAGAGAAAGUAGUGGCAGAAAUUAAUCUCAUGGAGGAUUCACUUCAGAAGAGUUUGACAAUUGAGGAUAUGGAUGCUGAGUUAGACAGUGAAGUCCAAGAGUGUGACUUGGGCCAAGGACCUGAAAGACCAUUACCAUCAGUUCAGAAACCUCCAGAGUUGGAAUUGAAAUCAUUGCCUGCACAUCUUCGAUAUGCUUUUCUGGGUGAGAAGGAGACUUUACCAGUCAUUGUGUCUUCUUCUAUUUCUAAUGAGGAGAUGGAAAAAUUGUUACGGGUGUUGAGAACCCAUAAGUUGGCAAUUGGAUGGACGUUGGCAGAUAUUCAGGGAGUAAGUCCAUCCACAGUUAUGCACAAGAUCUUGAUGGAAGAUGACAGUAAGCCCUCCAUUGAAGCACAACGUUGA